GGGAGAGGGAAAGAAUCGGCGGCGGGAGAGAGAGCAGAGCAACAGCAGCGGCGGCGGGCGGGGUGGCGGAGGGUGAACCAUGACCACGGUGGAGGAGCUGUACCGUAACUACGGCAUCUUGGCGGACGCCACGGACAACGUGGGCCAGUACAAAGAUGCGUAUCAGGCCAUUUUGGAUGGUGUGAAGAGCGGAGCCAAGGAGAAAAGAUUGGCAGCGCAGUUUAUCCCAAAGUUCUUCAAACAUUUUCCAGAGUUGGCAGAUAGUGCUAUCAAUGCUCAAUUGGAUCUCUGUGAGGAUGAAGAUCUUUCUAUUCGCCGUCAGGCUAUUAAAGAGCUCCCUCAGUUUGCAACAGGUGAAAACCUACCAAGAGUUGCAGAUAUCUUAACACAGCUUUUACAAACUGAUGAUAGUGCAGAGUUCAACUUGGUUAACAAUGCAUUAAUAUGUAUAUUCAAGAGUGAUGCCAAAGGAACCUUAGGUGGCCUUUUCACACAGAUAAUACAAGGGGAGGACAUUGUGCGAGAGCGCGCCAUUAAGUUCCUUUCCACAAAACUGAAGGUAUUACCAGAGGAAGUAAUGACCAAAGAGGUAGAAGAAUACAUCUUUGUGGAGUCUAAAAAGGUACUGGAUGAUGUGACAGGAGAGGAGUUUGUUUUAUUCAUGAAGAUUCUGUCUAGCCUGAAGAACCUUCAGACAGUAAGUGGUCGACAACAGCUGGUUGAGUUGGUGGCUGAACAAGCAGAUUUAGAGCAGGUGUUUAAUCCUGCAGAUCCAGAUUCCGUUGACAGACUACUACAGUGCACAAGACAAGCAGUUCCACUUUUCUCGAAAAAUGUGCAUUCAACCAGGUUUGUCACCUACUUUUGCGAGCAAGUGCUGCCAAACCUAAGCUCCCUUACUAGUCCAGUGGAAGGACUUGACAUUCAGUUGGAGGUUUUAAAGUUACUGGGAGAAAUGACACCUUUCUGUGGUGACAUGGAAAAGUUAGAAAGUAACUUGAAACAGUUAUUCGAAAAGUUACUGGAAUAUAUGCCAUUGCCCCCAGAAGAAGCAGAAAAUGGUGAAAACGCCGGCAAUGAGGAACCCAAACUACAGUUUAGUUAUGUCGAAUGUCUGUUAUUUGGCUUCCAUCAACUUGGAAAGAAGCUUCCUGAUUUCCUUACAGCAAAACUCAAUGCAGAUCGACUGAAGGACUUCAAAAUCAGAUUGCAGUAUUUUGCAAGAGGUUUGCAAGUUUACAUCAGACAGCUUCGUCUUGCUCUACAAGGAAAAACAGGUGAAGCUUUGAAAACAGAAGAGAACAAAAUUAAAGUUGUUGCAUUGAAGAUAACCAAUAACAUUAAUGUUCUCAUCAAGGAUCUGUUCCACAAUCCUCCCUCUUAUAAAAGCACAGUCACCCUUUCUUGGAAGCCUGUACAGAAGGUUGAAGGAGGGCAAAAACGAAUGGCUGAGGAAAACACUUCAUCCCCUCCUAAGAAACAAUCUCCAGCACAAAAACGGGACACCAGGCAAAUUUACAACCCACCCAGUGGCAAAUACAGCAGUAACCUUGGUAACUUCUCAUAUGAACAGCGAGGAGGUUUCCGUGGAGGCAGAGGUCGAGGCUGGGGCGGACGAGGAAAUCGUAGCAGGGGACGCCUUUAUUAAACCUAAAAGGCUCCUUCACCAUUGUCCAUUGUGCAGUAGUUACUGUGUAUUAUAAUCUUGAGAUCGCUACAGAGCAUCUGCAAGAACCGCUAGGAGCCUUCAAAGGAGAAUUCUGUAUUUAAGCAAACCUAAUUUCUAGAAGAUACCUUUGUACAUUUCAACUUGUGUUUAUAUGUGGGAAUGUGAAGCUGUUUUCCAAACCCACACACCUGUUCCAAAAUGUGCUUUUUAUUUCCUUUUCUUUGUUUUAUACUGCUGAUCCAACAUUUUAUAAUAAUUAUAGGCUGGGAAAAAUUUUCAAAAACAAAAAGCACAGCAACAAUUGACAUUCCAAAAUCCAUCUUAGCACCAGGGUAAAAUUAGAACACGGUAGAGAAGUUUGAGAGUAGCUCCCAGUCCCUGCGCAUUCUCCAAUUGACUGUUUCCCACAAAUGUGAAGUAAAACCUGCAUUCAGGGCAACAUUUAAAACUGGUCUUUUUGGGAUCUACGGCCAGAAUGGGAAGUUUCAAGCCACUCUGGGUUCCCCCUAGUGCCAGUGCAUCAUUUCAAAUGAAAAUGUGCCACCAGAAGAAGUAACAUCACUGUUCAUGAUGGAUUCUUGCAGCGCUGACACUUCCAAAUUUUGGGUUUCAUUCUUCCCUUAUUGAAAUGCGUAACCGUUUAAUUCCCUUCAAUAGGUUCCUAGAUUGAAUAGCAGAUAAGCAAUGUCUUUCAAGGGAUGGCAUCUGGAUUAACAACUGACAGGGACCUCAACUUUUUUCCUCCAUUUCCCUCACUGGAUAAUAUUUUGCCUUUUCCUAAGAGUGCACAGCUUCCCAAUUGAGAUUGGUAGAUUUAAUUGUGUGGAAAUUGUGGCUAGAAAUACACUUAUGUAGUGGUGUAUUAAUGUGCAGUGUGUGACUCGGGCCAUAAGUCCCUCCUUUCUGAAGCUAGGCAAAUGCGAACCAAUCUCAAUUCAACAUAUGUCCUUCAACAAACUGAUGGCACUAUCCCUAUUGAUGAUUAUAAAGCUAUAUGCUGUGAUAACAUUUCUUAGUGCUGUGCAGUAUUUAUGUAACCUGUUGCAUUUUUAUGAUCUAUGUAGAUUAACUGUUGAGUGCUAUAGUACUGAAGUACUGUAUUCAAAGAGUACUUGUAGCUUAAAAAAAUGAUUUGCUUAAUUCCAAAGCUUUGUCUGCAUUUGUGCUUUGAUCCCCACUUCAUUGCCUAUCUGCAUGGCCAAUAAUCUUGUGAUAUCAAAUAUUACCUCAUUGUAAUGUUGCCUCUGCAUUUUACAAUGGGCUUCAUUUUGAUGUCAGAAGCCAACAGUCAUGAGGUAAGUUUUCUAAGCUUUACCUCAGUUCCUCAGUUUUUUAUCCCUCUGCCCGAAGAAACCAAUAACUAACAACAUCCAUAUGUUAAUGUUUUAGUUGAUCAUUAUCUACAUUUUAAAUUGAGCAUGAAGAUCAUUGCGCUGUUGGGAUAAACACUAUAUCUGUCUAAAGAAAUUAUAUGCUGUUUGCAGUCAUGUGAACAAAGCUACAUCCAGCAGUAGGUUGACCCUGAUGUAUUUCCACUGUAGCCUUCAAAUGCAUUGAGUAAUGAUAUCUCACUUCAGUUCUGGAUUAGGUUUAGGCUGUGGGAAUUACUGUAUACUUACGCAAGAUAUUACAUUAUGGCUCCAGUGAUUGUUACAGGGAUACCAGAAACACCAGUAUGAUAGUGAAUAAACUGCAAGUUGUCAUGUGUUACUGUAUCAUGGUCUUGCAGAAAACCUGUCAAACUUUCAUUUGUGUUAUUGGUGAGUCCAGCAUUAAACAUUCUGUAUCUAAAUUGGGGGAACAACCAUCAAUUCAAAGCAAUCGUUCUUGUGAAUUGGUGAAACAGCUGCAAGAAAAUUUGGCAAAGUGCCUUCAUUGUGCACAUUGUGAUGUUGAAGGCCACAGUGGAAUUGUUAAAAUGUUAAGUGUCAAGAUUUGAAUGAUGGACAAAAAUCUAAGUGGGGAAACAAAAUGGCCCUGAAGUCAUGUUCACAUAUAUGUAUGUUGGUUCUUCAAUACCAAUUGCCAAUGUUACAAAUGUUUCAGAAUGAGUAAUGCCGAACCAUUUAAUUAUUGUUGCUUAACUACCGAGAUUUUUAAUUUACCAUAGUGCAGACGUACUAUAAGCUGUAUUUUGGAAACUUGCUGUUGGAGGUGAAUGAAUACUUUAUUUGGAUAUCUGCAUGAAUAAUAUUUUCGUAUUCAUUUUUUAAAAUCCAGUCAUUGUACAGCUUUUCUUUGUGUGGAAGCUACCUAAUACAAUACCUAUAAAGAAGGUAUUUGGGGGAAAGAUACCUUUUCCUUUUGUAAAUUACACAAUGGAACCUUUUUCUUCAUUUAGUCUUUGGUUUGCAAUAUAACAGUGCCAGACCAUUUUUAGUAGCAUGUGAAAGGUUCCAGUUGUCUUUCUUAUUGUGCAGAAAGAUUUAUUUCAACACUUGGAUUAAAUAAGUGCAAAUGCAAAAGUUGGAAGUAGUAAUACAUGCUAUCUCUAAGGCUGUAGGUGAAGCACGCUGUUUAUUUAGAAAAGCUGUAAUUGCAUGUGACCUUUUUAUAGGGCUGUCCUUACAUAUUUAGAGAACGCUUUUUGCAGGUGGUUGCUAGUUCAUCAAUGCCAUUGCAGCUUCUGUUUAGAAAUGCAACAAAGUUAAUUGUUCGCCGCCUCAUUUUCUUUCAGUGGAAGGAAAUGUAAGCGUGCCCCAUCCUUUUGGAAUAAAACGUUUUGUACAGUA